AUGAAGUUGCGUUCUGCCGCAGAUGACAUCACGGUUACUCAUUUCGGUGGUGCUUCCAUUGAUUUCCUGGCUGAUAUGCUGGUCAACAAAAUCGACUAUCCAUCCAUUCGCGUGAUUCAUCCUGGCAGCAAAUACCCAGCUCCCACAGUUGGGGCUUCGUUGCAGGCAAUUGUUCUUUCUAUCCGUAGAGAGACGAAGCAAUGCUUUGGGGACAAAACAAUCUUGAAGAUGGUGCUCUUCGAUGGCAGCAACAAUUGUUUCAAAGCUGUUACUGACACUCUUCUUUCUGAAACUUUGCCUGAUGUGAAAAGGGGAAGCAGACUCUCUAUCUCUGAGUACAGUUGGAUCAAGUUGAGUUCCAAUUCCAGCUUCAAGCAUAUUCGCAUCAUGUUGAUUACUGAAUUGGAGACAUCUGAUCCUCCUUCGUGUGAGGGAAAGGAAAUCUUGAUCAUGGAAGAUCCUGAUGACAACCUUUUUGGUAUGUCACCAGAUCAAUUGAAGGCCAACACUACCUCCUUCCAUCCUGACAUUGUGAAGAAGUGUCAUGGUACCGGAGAGAUUGUCUUUACUUGUGCGGAGUGUCUCUACGACCCAAAGACCAAUGCUGGAUUUGUCUACUGUGGUCCUGCGAAAAGGUGGCAGUUGGCUUCUGGUGCACCAGUUGCCACUAGGUUCCUCAAGCCCGACUUCAAGAGAUUGUUCACAGUUGGAUUGGCAGACAGCAGUGAUGAUGAUUCUACUGUCAUGUACUGCGAGUGCAUGUCUAGAUUCCAGUACGUUUGCUGUGGAAGGUUCACCUUUUCCAUCACAAUGAUGGACAAGGAUCUACUCUUUGACCAGAUGAUUGCCAAAGUUCCCGAAGACAAGAGGCUUGCGAAGUGUUGGGAUGACCUCGAAGCUCCUAAGCAGAGGUGGUGUUUUUAUCACUGGGUGCAUCGAACAUGUACAAUCUUACUGAGAGGAAGGAGUUGCCUUCCUGUGGUCCAGUAUGUCCGUGAGAAGAUCCCCAAUGACAACGAACAGCAGGCCUUUACAGGGUAUGUUCCUCGUUUUUACACUCACCAGUCUAUUAUGUCUCCCAUGAAAGCUGAUACGGAGAUCCACAACGAAGAGGUAGAGGAACAAGGCACGGUCAAGGAAGAGGUAGAGGAACAAGAUACGCAAAGGAACAAGACACGGCAAAGGAAGACACCGACUAUGGUGAACCACUGCUGCAGACUUCGAAGCCUACGUCGAAGAGAUGGAAAAGAAUGCUUCGAAGACCGAACGUGA